ACUAGUAUGGAUGAGAAGUUCGCAACUAGUCGAUUUUGGUAGCAUUGACUGUGUGCUACCCAAUCUGAGGAGUGAUACGGCCGAACCCCUGAACAUGGUGAAAAUGGGCGGCGUGAUGGUGCUGUGGGCGGUGGGGGUUACACUUGGCUGCCUGCUCUUCCUAGCCGAGAAGAUUUCCUCAACACUAAACUGAUUGUAACAUCCUAUUAUAAGUAGAAAUACACAUUUUAUUACUUAGUUUACAGUAUUUUAGUAUCGUAUUUUUCUUUUUGUCUUUGGAAAAUUAUAAUAGAUUUUACACCAAAUAGACAACAGCAGAGACGCCAUCAUUUUAUAACUUGUAUUACAUCAAUGUUCAGUUACAGGCACACUUGGUACAUCCGUCUAAGUUCGACGCUAGUGAACUUCCUUGGUUUUACUUUCACUGAAGUCUUAAAGUCGAUUAUUGUUUGGACAGGAGAUUAAUGAUAUUGGUAAUGGAUCGUACUAUGAAUUUUCCCAGGAACUGAAGGUGUACGAAUACACCUAACUGACUUAAGAAAACUACGCAAACGUAGUGUUCAAAAAGGAUCAUCAGAAUUAUACGGAAAAAAAAAACAGAAUAACUCUACCUUUCUUAGAUACAUUCACUCAAACGAGUUAGGAGAAACUUUGCACUUAGAUCACCCUAAUUAGAUACAUUAAAUUAACACAAGAUAUGAAUCUUUUUUUGAGACUCUCUACUUAUAUGAAUGUAUAAGUCUUGUAUGUCAAUGUCAACUAUACCAGUACUGUAUAUGACUGACUGGGUUCAGAAUUAAAAGGCGAUAUCAGCAAAAACAAGAAAAAAUUGUAUGGUUCAACAAUAGCUUACAGAUAACUCAGAUACUAAACAUUACAGAGGAAAAUAUAAACCAAGGACUGACAGACUAAAUCACACUAAAGACCAGUGUACCUCACCUUUUAGGCCUCGUGUUUCCAAUUCAGAUAGAUGUCAGUGAUAAGUAGUCAGUUAUGAUGAUGACAUGUUGACAACCAUCUCUUCCUCACUGACUACACCAUCACAUCCCUACUUGAUACUAUAUGCACGUUCACUGCUUCCCACACCCUCCCCAUCCUACUUACGUACCCCACCGCCCCCUUUAAUCUUGUCAGAGGCGGUGUCCCCUGAGGUUCACAAUCUAUUCAGUCCGUGCCAGGGGUAUGGUACUCUUCGUAGUGACGGUUCGAGUGAGGCAAAUCUGAAUCUGAAACCUGGCUGUAAUUAUAAAGUGUUGACAACUAAGAAAGUAGAGUACUUGGUUGACAAUGACCGACUGUGACUUAGAGGUUUAACGUAGUAACUAAAGUUGAUUAGGAUUACAUUUUAUGUAUAAUCGAUAAAAAAUUACGGAUCACCCGAAGAAUUGUCACCCCCAGAGUUUGGCAGGGUGACAAUUCUUCAGGUUGGGUCAGGACCCUCCAUGGUUGGGUUAGGUUAGGUGCAUAUUU